AUGGCUUUGGAAGAUAUCUGUGGCUUCAGAGACGCUCCUCACUCCCAUUCCGAAGAUACGGACGCAUCUUUUCACAUGACUGACUUGUGCAAUUUUGGAUCGAGGAGACUGAAAACAUCUGGGACAAACUUGGGGAUCCCACUGACGUUCUUCACGCCAACUUUGCCAAACUCUCGCCCUUUCCACCAUCGACCGGCCAACCACUCGGCGACGGUUCGCAGGCCCUUCCCUCUGUCUCAUGGAACAACGACCUUGGGUUUCAUCUUCCAAGGUGGGGUCAUUGCAGCUGCAGACACGCGGGCCAGUGCUGGUGGACUUGUCGCCUGUCCAGCCGUUCACAAGAUCACCCCGAUUCACUCCCACUUAGUCAUCACCUCCUCUGGGAGCGGCGCGGACUGCAUGCUGUGGGAGCGAAUUCUGGCCAGAGAGAUCCGACUCUACCACCUGCGGCACAGACGUCGCCUUUCCAUAUGCGGCACUGCCAAGCUCCUCUCUUUAAUGCUGCACCCCUUUAAAGGUACUGAAUUGUGCGUGGCUCUCACACUGUGUGGCUGGGAUAAGGAGGCAGGUAACGCCGACUGUGCGAUGAGCGGCCCAAAGCUGAUAUAUGUGUGCAGCGAUGGCGCCCGACUGCAGGGGGACGUCUUUUCCGUGGGCUCAGGCUCUCCUUAUGCUUACGGAGUCCUGGAUGGAGGACUGAGGUGGGGCCUGAGCAAAGAAGAGGCCGUCUCCUUGGCACGAGAAGCUGUGUUCAGAGCCACUCACAGGGACGCCUACUCUGGAAACAGCGUGGACCUCUUCCACAUCACAGCCCAGGGGUGGAGCCAAAGAACGAGAGAGGACCUGAGAGAGGAAUAUUACAGAGACAUGAAGAGGAGGGAGAAG